CCCCGAUAUCAAGGUCUUCUCAAUCCAGUGAUACUCCAAAUCACCAGGAUCAAUUAUACAUCCCAACAUUUACUUGAAUCCGAGUUUGUGAUCAUGGCUCUGAGGAACUCCAUCUCGGAUGAGAAGGACGUCGAGGCUAUCGCCUCUCAUCUCGACCAUGCCAACACUGCAGCUACCAAUGGUGGUUUGUCCGCUGAGGACAUGGAGUUUGUCGCCAAUUUUCCCGAGGAGAAGAAGAAGAAGGUCUUGGCAAAGAUCGAUUGGCGACUCAUGCCGAUGCUCGCUAUUCUGUACCUCGUCACAUAUAUCGACAAAGCGAAUAUCGGAAACGCCAAGAUCGAGGGAAUGCUUCCGGAUCUUGGUAUGAAUGGAGAGCAGUACAACAUCGCGCUAUCAAUCUACUUCAUUCCCUAUAUUCUCGCUGAGAUUCCUAGUAACAUGAUUCUCAACAAGUUUGCGAAGCCAUCUCAAUACAUGGCCACUAUCAUGUUCAUCUGGGGUAUUGUUGUUGUCUGCACGGGUCUGAUUCACAACUUUGGACAACUCUGCGCAAUCCGUAUCCUCCUUGGUCUCUUUGAGGCUGGCUUCUUCCCCGGCGCUAUCCUCAUCAUUUCGAAAUGGUACCUCCCCCACGAGACGCAAACCCGAGUCGCGAUUCUUUACACGUCCGCUGCCACUGGAGGUGCUUUUUCCGGCCUCUUCGCAUACGCAAUCGCCAAAAUGGACGGCAUCGGCGGUCAGGGCGGUUGGAGAUGGAUCUUCUUCAUUGAAGGAAUCUUCACAGUCGUCAUGUCCUUCGUCACAUGGUUCUUGCUCAUCGACUCACCAACUCUCUCAUACUGGCUCACCGAUGAGGAGAAGCGCUAUCUCGUUCUGCGCCAAGCUUCCCGAAGAGUCACCAACUCGGGCGAAUACCGCGAGAAGACUUUCGACAAGGGAGCUUUGUUUGAUGUUCUUAAGGACUGGAAGGCAUAUCUCCUCGUUAUCAUGUCCUGGUCCAAUGCUGCGCCCAACUACGGUCUUAAGUUCUCCAUGCCCUCUAUCGUCAAGGGAAUGGGAUUCACAUCCAGCAACGCCCAACUAAUGACUAUCCCUCCUUAUCUCUGUGGAGCUAUCUCAUCGUACCUCCUCGCCCGAUUCGCUGAUAAGCACAAGUGGAGAAUGCCCUUCAUCGUUGGUCCUCAGCUCUGCAUCAUCAUCGCCUUCUCUAUCCUCAUGACCAAAGCCGAGUUCAUUGUUCAGAACCUUGGAGUGUGCUACUUUGCAGUCUGUCUCGCUUGCGCUGGCAUGUAUCCCAUCUUGCCUGGCACCAGUGCCUGGAACAUUGACAAUAACCUCAACCCGACGAAGCGAGCGAUCAGCAUUGGCUUUGUCACCUGUGCAGGUACAAUUGGUGGUAUCUAUGGCAGCUACAUCUAUAUCGACAAGGAGAAGCCCAAGUACACGACUGGAUACGGCGCAUCCCUGGGAUUUGCGGUGGCGGGAAUUCUAGCUGCAGUUACCCUUGAGACUGCUUUAGUCAUGAUCAACAAGAAGAGGUCCAAGAUCAGCGAGGCUGAGGUUCGAAGCAAGUACACAGAGGAGGAGCUUGAGAUUAUGGGUGAGAAGAGCCCACUGUACCAAUAUAAGCUGUAGUGGAGAUGGUGACCCGGAAAUAUUUCAAUCUACAUCUUUGACCAA